AUGCGGCCCUUCUAUGAACGGUGGAAAAUGCUUGAGAAAGAAGUGAUUGAACCUCGGAACUUUGAACGUCAGAAUAUAUUCCAGAGUAGAAAUUCUUUUUACAGAUACGAUUUGGAACCAUUCAGAGUGAGGAGGAAGGAUUUUUGGUUGCUGUCUACUGUUACCAAACUUUUGAGGGAAUUCAUUCCCAGGCUUUCACAUGCUGCAGAUGGUCUUAUUUUUCAGGGUUGGGAUGAUCCUUAUAUUCCUCGAACGCAUGAAGGUCUCUUGAAGUGGAAAUAUCCGGAGAUGAACUCGGUUGAUUUUCUGUUUGAGAUAAAUGAUAAUCGACAGCAACUUUUUCUCUAUGAAAGAGGGAAGAAGAAGCUGAUGGAAGGAAAUAGGGUGAUAUUCCCUGGUGAGUGA